GAGGCCCCGCCCCUUCCGCCGCCGACUUUCCCAUUUCCGGACCACGAGUUCCCCUAAAAUUUGGCUUUACUCUCCAGCGCGGACCCUGCCAGAACCGCGGGUGUGUGGGUCCCGGCCACCCCAACCUUAGGCAUGGGGACCCCCAAGAGGAAGGCCCCGGGCGGCCAGGACGGCGCGGCAAAGCGGGCCCGCCGCGAAGAGCUCACGGGCGUGCGCUUCAAGGCUCAGCUGAGGGACCCGCAAGGCGCGGAGCCGGCCUUGGAAGCGUUUGUCUCUGCUGCCAAGAAGCUACCUGGAGACGACAUGUAUGACGUUGUGGAAGGGUACAUAAAGAUUUCUGUGGAGUGUGCAGAGCUCUUCCAGCUCCUGGGCGGGGAGAAGCGGCCUGAAAGUGAAAUGCUAUUAAUGUUUCAAGUUUUUGAGGCCAUAUUAUUGCGGACGGCAAGCGAUCUUUCCCAUUUUCAUGUUGUGGGGACCAACAUCGUGAAAAAGCUAAUGAAUAACCACAUGAAGCUCAUCUGUGAGUCGCUGUAUGCCUCAGGUUACAGGAUGGCUCGAGCCUGUCUGAACCUGAUGGCUGCCAUGGUGACCCAGGGCCCCGAAGCCGCCAGGGACGUCUGCAGCCAUUUCGAUUUGAAUAAAAAGACCUUGUACAGCCUGGCGACCAAGAGGGAUUCCAAGGGAGUGCCUGAUGUCCGGCUGGCCUAUGUUCAAUUUGCCAUUUCCUUUUUGAUCGCCGGUGAUGACAACACCAUAGUGCAAGUGCUGGAGUUGAAAGAAUUUAUUCCGUGCAUUUUUAGCUCAUGCAUAAAGGAAGAUAGGAUUUCUACCAUCAACAUUCUGUUAUCCACCCUGAAAACAAAGGUAGUUCACAAUAAGAACAUCACAAAAACCCAGAAGGUGCAUUUCUUCACUGGGCAGUUACUGAACCACAUAGCGUCUCUCUACAGCUGGAAUGGGAUCAUUGACGUGGACCUGGAAAAUGCCGAGACUUCUGCUGAAGACGCAGGGAAGACCAUGGUGAGGGAGCUUGUUCAUAGCUUCCUGAUGGAUCUGUGCUGUUCGCUCAAGCAUGGGAUCAAUUUCUAUGACGCAUCUUUUGGUACCUUUGGCAGGGGAGGAAACCUAACACUCCUACACUUCCUGUUGGGAUUGAAAACUGCAGGGGAUGAUGAGCUGGUGGCCGAACUGGUGGCGAGCAUCCUUAAAGUGUGUCCGGACUUACUGAACAGAUACUUCAAGGAAGUAACUCUCUCUUUUCUCCCGAGAGUGAAGUCCACUUGGUCCAGUAAUAUCAAACUUCUGAACAAGAUCUAUGAGGCCCAGCCGGAAAUUUCUCGGGCGUUUUGGACCAGAGAGUUCAUCCCCUUACCUCGGCUCCUGGCGAUGGUGAUGGUGACCACUGUGCCUCUGGUGUGCAAUAAGAUCAUGUUCACGCAGGCAUUAAAUUUGGACAGCAAAUCAGUGAAACACACAGCUUUAUCCCUUGCUUCCGUCAUUUUGAAGAGAGCGUUAAAGACCAUUGACUACUGCCUGAGCAGAGAGGGGUGGCAGGAAUCAGGCGUGUACACGGCCGCAAUGAUGGAAGAGUUUGUGCAGCUCUUCAGAGAAGCCCUGAGCAAGGUUUUACCAGACCUGAACACCAUUGUGUGGGUCUGGCAGUCACUUAGGAAGCAAGAGACCAAACAGGAUGAUGAGAAAGGGAAGAAGAGGGGCAGCCAGACUCCUGCCACCCACGUGACUCCCCAGUGCGAUGAUGCAGAAACCAUCCUUCUGAAAGCUACUCUGCUCCAGGUCAUAUGCCUCUACCAGAAGGUGGUCCCACACGUGGUAAUGCAGUACAGCUUUGACUUCAGCAAGCUCCUCAAAGGCGUCAUCUCAGAGCAGGGCCUUCGAGGGGAGGUGCCCCCCAUUCUGCAGCACCACAUCCUGAAGGUGGCCCUGGAACUGCCCACCAGCAAGUUUUCAUGGCUAAAGGCACAGGAAGGCCCAGAUGCAGACAUUAUUGGAGGAGAACGAUCCGUGUUUUAUUUACUGAUGAAAAUGUUUGUGACCAGCACCCAUUUACAGCUCAAGUCCUCAACCAAACUUCUGAUCAUAAAGAUUCUGCGAGACACGGGGGUGUUUGAGCACACCUGGGAGGAGCUGGCGCUGUGGCUGGAGCACGUGGAGAGCACUGGGGAAGAGAGAAGAGAAGCCGUGAUUCGGUUUUUGGAACACGUUUUAUUGACGUUGGUGGCGAAUCCCUCCUCAUACACAGACAAAGCAUCUGACUUUGUUCAAGAAGCUAGCACACUGCAGGGCCCUGUGACGCAGCAGAGCGCCGAUGAUGUCAGCAUUCCCAUCUCCCACAUCGACGACGUUCUUGACAUGAUGGACGUCCUGGUGGAGGGCAGCGAAGGUUUGGAUGAAGAGAUCGGAUUCUUACUGAAUGAGGACAUGAUCCUGCUCACGUUCCCAUUCAGUGCUGUGGUCCCUGCAGCCCUAGAAGCCAGGAAUACAUUACUCCGUGGGACAGAGAAUAAAGCUGGAGAAAGUGCUGUGGCAUAUCUGAUAGCAGUGCUGACAGACCUCCUCCACACCCAGAGAGACCCUCUGGCUCUGUGUCUUCUGCUACAGUCUUAUGAUAAGUUGGAGCCUCCCAUCGCAUCUUGCUGUCAUCAGCUGUCCCAGUUCAACAGAUACUACAGCCGCUGGAUCCCAGAGCCAGCGCGACAGGCCUUGCCGCUUCAGAUGCCAGGCAGCCUUGCCCCCCAGGGCCCUGCAGCUUCCGGCUUCACCGCCCUGCUGCAGACGGCCUAUGAGAGCGAGGGUGCGCUCCUGGAUGAGGGUGUGCAGGCACAGCUGCUGGACGCCCUCCCGCGCCUCCCCAUGCACCAGAUCCUGCGCUCAGCAAAACACUUGCUGCUCUACCUCCGGAGCACCGUGGAGAACUUUGGCCAGCUGGGCAGAAGUACGGGGCUGCCCCUUCUGCAGCUCCUGCUGGAUCUCCUCAGGCGCCUGGUCCUCCACUGCGAGCAGCUGGAUGCCCAGAACCAGCAGAAGUGCGAGGCUGCUCAGGCCGAAUCCGAACUCUUUUUGGACAUGGAGGCCAUGGCCUCCCUGGAGUUGGCCAGUGACAAGACGCUGGAGAAGGUGCUUGUGGCUGUCCUCAAACACCCCACACUGGAGGGCUGGUUCCUGGCCCUGGAGCAGCAGGCCCUUCCUCCACACACACUCAGCCCUCCCUUCGUGAAGCUCCUGGCAGCCCACCUCAGUGCAGGGGUCCUGCAGCUGUUGAUGGCCAGUGCCCCCAUCCUCCGGGGCAUUGGUCAGCUGGGCCUCCUGGCUAGGUACUCAGAAGCUAUCACGCGGAGCGUGUUGAAAGAGCUGCAGGACAGGAGGGCAGGCCCGGCCAUGGCAACACGAAAGACCCUCCCGCAAUUGGAGGCUCUGCAGGGGCUGCACCCGUUCAUGGAGCAUGCCCAACUCCACGAGAUCACCUUGGCCCUGCUGAGCCUGCCCAAGGCCCAUCUGGUGGCCCAGCGACCCAUGAAGUCCCACACAAAGGAGAGAUGGCUGAAUGCUCUUGGCAAGACCCUGGUCCAACUGUUGACCAGUAGCUCCCAGGAUGAGCUGCAGAGCGGCGAGCUCCUCUGGGCCUCUGAGUAUGUGAGAGGCCUGGGGGCUUUGCUCCCCACAUUGGCCAUGGAUGAGAUGGACACUGUGUUCCUCCAUGCUCUUCAGAGACAGCCCAUGCUGGCCCCCGCGGUUGGGGUAGACCUGCUCGACUACUGCCUGGACCGGCGGACGCAGGCGGCCCUUGGCAUCGCUACCCUGCUCCUGCAGCAGAGCUGCACCGCGCUGCUGCGGGUGGAGCUGUGGUUCGCACAGCCUGGCCGGGGGCUCUGCCUCCAGGAGCACCUGGACGACUUCCUCCCCCUUGUCCACACAUACCUGCAGUGCAGGACUCACGGACACUUCACACGCCCAGCAGGAGUGUCCUCUGCUGUCAUUCUUGUCUUGAGGAAGGCCCUGUGGAGGCAGCUGCAGACCAAGCUUCUCAGCGUUGAAGGCCCCCCAGACUCUGGGCUGCAUCAGGAGAUCCUGGCCCAGCUGGUCCCGUUUGCAAGAACCAGGGCCCUCAGUGUCCUCAUGAACCAUUUGCCCAGCUUGCUUCAGGCUCCCAACAGUCACAAGAGUUGGAUCGUGGCCGACUCUGUUUCAGCUGCCCUGGAAGGAUCGGCCGAAGAGCUGCGAGCCUGGAGAAGGACCCUGCUGGGAUCAUGUGUAGGAUGGCUGGUUGCGGCUUUCAGUGGGAGCCAGCAAGGUGGUGACAGCUGCCAGGGUCAAGAGGAGCAAAUGCUGCUGAGAUUGAACAAUCUGUUGAAUUCACUUAAUGAUGUUGACCCUGGUGACUGGCAGAAAUUUGUGAAGUCUGGACUCAAAUUUCGGUAUCAAGAUCACACAUUUUUAAAGGCCCUCCAUGUUGCCAUACAGCUCCUGUAUCUUCCCAAAAACCCCACGUCCACGAAGCUCAUCCAGCUCUCAGUGGUCCACAUGAUGCUCACCCAGCAUUCUCUGUUUUUGCCAACUCUACUGAAGUCUGAGGAAGAGGAAACCCCACACAGUCAAGUAAAAGAAGCGCUGGUGGACUUGAUGUUGGUGGUAGUGAGGAUGUGCCCCUCCGUCUGUGAGAGCAGCCACUUUGCAGUGCUCCUUGGGGCCUAUGGAGCCUCCCUCAGCAUCCUGGACCAGAAGAUUUUACUCCUCCUCCGGGCGUACGAGCAGAACAAGCUCAGCCUCAUCAGCUUCAGGGUACUGCUGUGGGGCCCAGCUGCCGUGGAACAUCACAAGACAUGUCGGAGCCUGGGCAAGUCGCUGUGGCAGCAGCCGAGCGUUGGCGACAUCCUCCGCCUCCUGGAUCGGGACCGGAUGAUGAAGACCAUCCUCCACUUCCCCCAGAACCGGAGGCUGCUGCCCCGCGAGGAAACACAGGAACUGAUACUUAAAGACAGAAGCACCAUGGAUCUCGAUGGCCUUUAUGACCCCUGCUUUCUCCUCCAUCUCUUCAGCGAACUGACCAGGCCAGAAUUUGUGGUGGAUUGUCGAAUGUUUUUGGACUCAAAUGCUCUGGGCCUGACUGUGGCGGCCCUCAGCAGCUAUGACCCCCAUAUGCGAGCUGCAGCCUAUCACAUCCUGGUGGCCUACUACUCACAUCUGGAGGGGGCACGGUUCCCAGAACAGUCCCAGUUACUUUACCUGUUGGAUGUAGUCCGGGAGGGGAUUCGCACUCAGAACAUGAGACUCACCUUCACCGUGGCCCUCUUCAUUGCCAAGGCUGCCCUGCUGAUUUUGAAACCAGAGGAGCACAUGUACUUGAAGAUCAACAAGUUCCUGCUAUCACACGAGUACUUGAAUAUGAACAAAGUUCCAGGCUUCUACCAGUUCUUCUUCAGCUCAGACUUUGAGCAAAAGACCGAACAGGAAUGGGUGUUUGGGAUUCUACGUCAGGGAAUCCGGGACAAGCACUGCUAUGAGCUCUACGCCAGGCGAGGAGUUUUCUCCAUCAUCCUGUCCUUUUUCAACAGCUCGUUGUGUGACGAAGUGGCGCAGAACUGGAUUCUGGAAAUCCUACAGAAUGCCGCCCGGAAUGCCAAAGCUGCCUACGAGAUCCUGCGGGACUAUAGCCUUUUAACGUGGCUUUUAAACAUCCUUGAGAGCAAGUUUCUGGAGACCCCGCUGCUCUGCAGCAUAAUCUCCUUGCUGCACACUCUGUGGGUGACCAACCUGGGACACAGAGGUGUGGAGUCGGGGAGUCAGCCCCCCUGCAAGUCUGGGUCCCAGAAGCGCCCGAAGCUGCUCGCCCUGCACCUGGUCAAUGAGUUCCUUUACGUUCUCAUCGUGCUCAUGAAGCACCUGAGGCCUGCCUUGCCCUCUGCCCAGCUGGCCAGCUUCUUCGGGGCGCUCGACUCUGUCCUUAAGUACCGGGCCACCGUCACACAGGCCUUCAGAGACAUGGACCGCUUCACCGUGAAUGAGACAGUGUUGUCCACCAAGGACGUUCUCAUCCUCCUGCACAAGUGGAGCCUCAUCGGGAGGGACACCGGGCUCCAAGAGGACCUGAGAGCAGCCAUUGAGAAAUACCAAGUCAAGGAGCUCCUGAAAAUGCUCAAGGAUAAGAACAGGCCUGUUGUGGCAGCCCGAGCCAGAGGCCCCUGGGGCCGAAGGAGGAGGCCUGGGGAGGCAGAGGAGGCGGCUGACCCUGAGCUGCAGGCGUCCACCUUGGAGACGUGCAAGGGCCUCCUGAGGUCCAUACUGACUCACUGGGGGCCAGUCUUCCCCAGCUGUGAGCCUGCUCAGGAGCCUGCAGACAGGACCACCCCUGAGAGCAGGGCACCGGGCCCUGUGCACGCCACCGCUUCCCUGGCAGCCACCUGGGUGCUGUGCUCAGUGGCCGACAACCCACUCAGCAGGGCAGAGGCUGCUGGACUCCUUGGAUGGCUUAAGAGCCACAUUUUGCCACAGCCAGUCAUCGUGGCUGAUCUUCUUGGGGACAGUCGUGUGAGGAGUGGCAUAUUUAAGCUGUACAGCCGGCUCUGCAGUACCGAGGGGCUGCUCGGGCCCGCACAGAGUGUGGCCUGCCUGUUGAACACGGUCAUGCUGCAGCUUGUGGGGGCCCGGGGCCCAGCAGGGAGCUCCCUCCAGACAGCAGUCGAGGCUCUCCACCUGGCUUCUCUGAAGGAGGAGGAUGAAGCCACACGAGCUGCGGCAGCAUUGCUGGUGUCUCUGUACAUUAAGGACGUCUGGCUGGGGGCCCAGCGGCCAGACACCCUCCUAACUCAUGUCCGGAUGGUCUGUGACUCUGCAGAGGACGUGCCAAGUGGGAACAAGGAGGCCAUCUUCGUGCUCUGCAGGGACCUCGCUGCCUCAGCCCCAGAUGCUUGACGCCCUGCCUGCUGUCUGCAGUGCCGGGUUCUAGAAGUUUGGCUGAGUCAAACGUUUCGGUGGAGGGCAUGCAAAAGGAUGGGCUCUGGAUAUUGACGGUUUCCUGACAAGAAAAGUGGACUAUUUAACUGACCAAUAAAUAAUGAACUCAAGGGACUGGUUCCACAGUCCUAGUAGGCAUGGGGGUCUUUGGGGCCAUGAGCCCAUCCAGUAUUUAGUUAGGCAAGACCCUUCUUGUCGGGUUCAUCAUUCUCCAAAGGAAAUACUUCAAGUUGAGGUAACACUUCUGAGCACUUAAGGGAUUUGUGGGUAUUAAUUCUAAAGUGUCCAAAAAUUAUUAGAUAAAAGGGCAUGAAGAGAUGUUUAAAGCUUUCUUAUUCUAUAAGAAGUCAAAAGAAAGGUUGGUAUAACUUUUUCAAUUAAGAAGCUCCUGCCAGUGUUAAUUAUUUUAUUGAAAGGAUGUUACACUAAAUCCUUAAAGUAUAGAGUUGAUGUGCCCUCUGCUUUGGGAAGUCAGACUGUAUUUUUUUUAAUUUUGUUUCAAAGAGGGGCUUUUGAAUUUUAUAACUUGUUAAUAAAUGUUUAUUUUAUGUUAG